AUGGAAAACCUCCUCAAAGAAGGCGAGCAAUUCCUCCAGAGCCAACAAGGGGGCAAUGACAACCAAGGCAACGACCAACAGUCCCAGCAGCAGCAGGGCCAACAGAGCCAGCAGCAACAAGGAGGCGGCAGCAGUGGCGGCGGCAUGAUGAAGAGCUUCGAGCAGAACGCCGGCGACUCGUAUGUCAAUCAAGAAGUAAACAAUUUCCUGAACAACGAGGGCGUCCCGUCGGCCCUAGACGGCGCGAUCGAUGGGGCCAUCGACACCGAGGUCAACAACCUCGAGAAGAACUUCUAG